UCUAGUUGAAAAAGAUUGUCACACUUCGCAAUAUAUUUUAUUUAUGGACAGUAACUGAAGCGCAAUAUCGGCAUUAGAGCUGAUUCAUUUAAUUGUUUACAGGAAUGAAGAUUAAAAGUAAUACGUUGUAGUAAUACGUGUCACUGACGAAAAAAAGUAUUAGUAAUUAAUUUUUAAGUAUGGGAUGUUGUUACAGUUUCUGUAAAGAAGACAGCGGUCCACAGAGUGGAGAAGUAAAUGAAAGGACACAUUUGUUAGUAGAUCCUGUUAGUAAUAACACAAAUAUACCUAGAGUACAUAGUGAUGAUUAUGUUAACCAAUAUGCAAGUUCAGUACCCAAAAAAACAGAUGAACAAAGUGCAUUAAAUAGAAUUUUACAUGAAACAGCUGCUAAUGUGAUAGAUGUUGGAGCAUUAGAUUCGCACAAUUUAGAACAGCAUGAAUAUAUGGAUAGGUCACGUGCAUAUUCAAAACGUAUAGAAGCUGGAGGUAUUAAAGUCCCUGAUAGUACAUCUUGUCUACUUAAAGAUGUCCCUGCUCCAGAAAAAAUAUUAGCAGCAGAUCCUCUUGCAGCUGGAGAUCAUGGGCUGAUUACAGAAAUGCUCAAUAAGGCUGUGACAGCAUUAGAAGAUGUAAAUGUUGAACAUAAGGAAGAUUUAGUAGUUCCUUUCUUAUCGUGAUCUUUUGGCAUUUCCUCAGCAAGAUUAUAUCCUGCUUGAGUGAAAUCAUUGUACUAUGUGACAUUAAAAAACAUGUCUUUUCAAAAUCAAUUUUCAAUAAGUUAAUCUGAAUUUACUUCAGAUUUUACUUGAAUAUGAAUAUUGAUUAUGCAUUAUAAUAUGGUGUAUUAUAAAUGAAAAUACAGGUACUAUUUCUUAAUAACAUGUUAAAGUGGCUUGACAAUUUCUGAAUAUACGAAAUUGUUUUAAAAUGUUAUAAAUUAAGAUAUUUCCAAAUGACCAGUUUUUAAUGAAAGAGCUGAAUUUGGUAGUGCUUUUCCAUAACUUAUAUAUAAUACUGUAAAAAGUUAAAACACUGUUAUUAGUCUUUGCUAAGGUAUAUAUCAAGAAACAAUAUAAAAAGGCUAUUUUGUCAUAAUUUAAUAAAUGCAAUUUAUUUAUAAAUUUAUCAUUUUUCGUAUUGAAAUUGCAAAAAUUAAAUUUUAUUGAAUCAAUAAAUAUU